GUUUCCAAUAUUUGUAAUUUAUUUAAUGGGAAACAUUUGUAUUGCUGAAUCACAAACUGACUUAAGUUAAUGAUUAUUUUUUUAUUUCUUUUAUUUCUUUUAUUUACGUAUUUACAAUAUUUUGCAGUUGAUGGUGAAGUAAUCAGCAGCAUUGGUAAAGGACUUUGUGUUUUACUGGGAAUUUCAAAACAUGACACUCCUAAGGACAUUGAAUAUAUGGUGCGAAAAAUCUUAAACUUAAGAGUGUUUGAUGAUGAUGGACAACGAUGGAAGAAGUCUGUUGUGGAUAAAAAUCUUGAAGUAUUGUGUGUGAGCCAGUUCACACUACAAGCGGUUCUUAAAGGUAAUAAGCCAGACUAUCAUCUUGCUAUGGGAGGUGAACAAAGUGAGGCUUUUUAUCAAGACUUUCUGAACCAUAUGAGGACAGUGUACAGAACUGAUGCAAUUAAAGAUGGGAAAUUUGGAGCAUACAUGCAGGUUCACAUUCAAAAUGAUGGUCCUGUGACGAUAUCACUAGAAUCACCACCGCCAAAACCGGCUCAGGAAAAACAGGUAAUUGACCUAACCUAACAUUUAUUCACCACAACGAAUUUUUUCUGAAGAUGAAGUACGAAAACAAAAUCAAUAAUCGUGAACUCCCUUAUGCCAUUUUCCCGCGCUGUCUGAAACGUUAUACCCGUCGUUAUAAAUUUUUGUAUGCUGGUCAAAUAAUUGAAAAUUAUUAAGAAGCGAGGUUGACUAACGAUAGAGAUGAUUGGAUUGGAUUAUAAGAUGGGUCACUGAUAAACUUUAAAACGCGAGGCUUUGUUUUCAAGUUUGGUUCAAAUUUCUUUGAAAAUUGGCAAAGUUUUGUUACGAAUCGAAAUUUCUCAACAUCAAACGUUACGUAUACUUCUUUUGUGUGGAAACUUUCCUGCUCAAGAGACCACUGAAAAACGUUAUCCCUUGUUGAAAGAUUUUUUACAUGGGAAGGGAAAAAAAUUCAGGAGAACCUUAACUCAGGUGUUCCUAAUAUUUUGUGAGAACUACAACCAGCUUUAAAGGCUAACGGACCAUGUGUUGUGAAAUUAAGUCCACUAAGUUUUGCGCUUGUAUUUAGUUUUCUUAGGCUUGGGUUCGAUACUAAUCUACUUUCAGAACUUUUUUCUCCGAUCUUCCAUGCGCACUAAAACGGCAUUUUCGACCACCGAAAAUGGAACCUUCAAAAACGCCCCUUCGAGUAGAUAAAUUUGAAAACGCAAACCAGAUAAUUUUGUUUGGACGGCCAAUACUGAACUAUUGGAAGCAUUGGCGUCACAAAGUCGAAAUGAGCGCAGGCUCAACUAAUGUGCGCAUGCUUUAGUUCAAGUUUAUAACAA